AUGGCUAUUCAGUGGAAGGAUGUGGCUGAUACAACGGGACGGUUUAACCCCCUCAUUGGCGUUAUGGGCAACCCAUACUCCUAUCUCCUGCUGCUACUCCUCCUAUCUCCUACUGCAGCUCCUAUCUCCUGUUACUACUCCUCCUAUCUCCUGCUGCUACUCCUCCUAUUUCCUGCUGCUACUCCUCCAAUCCUCUGCUGCUACUCCUCCUAUCUCCUGCUGCUGCUACUCCUAUCUCCUGCUGAAACACCUCCUUUCUCCUGCUGCAACUCCUCAUAUCUCCUGCUGCUACUCCUCCUAUCUCUUGCUGCAGCUCCUAUAUCCUGCUACUACUCCUCCUAUCUCCUGCUGCUACUCCUAUUUCCUGCUGCUACUCCUCCAAUCCUCUGCUGCUACUCCUCCUAUCUCCUGCUGCUGCUACUCCUAUCUCCUGCUGAAACACCUCCUUUCUCCUGCUGCAACUCCUCAUAUCUUCUGCUGCUACUCCUCCUGUCUCCUGCUGUUAAUACUCUUCCUAUCUCCUACUGCUACUCCUAUCUCCUGCUGCUACUCAUCCUGUCUCCUGCUGCUACUCCUAUCUCCUGCUGCUACUCCUUGUCUACCGGUACAUACAUCGGCGCUGGUGGGAGAACACACGUUUACUUGUGGCACUACGGGGACAAUGAGUACCGCACCUGGACUGUUACAACGGCCAGCAGCCGGCGGAUUCGCAUCAGCUUCUCAAGUUUCGACACCGAGUCGUGCUGCGACCAUCUGCGGAUUGUCGACACCUCAACUAGUCAAGAGUGGAGUUUCAGCGGGUCUUCUCGUCCAGGCGAUGUGGUGUCUACAGGAAGCAACCUUCAACUAUCCUUCAGCUCAGAUGGCAGCGUGACAGAGAGAGGGUUUAGUCUCUGGGCUAGCAGCAUCCCAAAACCAACACCCCCAGUGACGUCGUCUCUUUCCCUGCGAGAUUCAAGUGGAACCAGACUGUUGGGUGUGGUCACCGUACUGGAGGGGGCGCCCUUCACGUUCACGUGUGACGUCCAGGACACCAGUCCUGCGGCAAAAAUCCGCUGGUACCUUGAUGGCGCCCUGAGUGAAACUGCUUACGCACCCAGCAGAGGGGAGUACAGCUUGGUGGACACCAGUGACACUUGGACACUCACACCCAGCCGAGCCAAUCAGGGUCAAGAGGUGAAGUGCGUUGCCAGCAACACGGUGUCACAGGAACCAUAUCCAUACGUGAGGACCACGCUUGACGUCGAUGUACUACCAAGCACCAUUGAGCUGUGGGAUGCGAAUGAGAACUCAACUACCAACAAUACAACAUAUUACUUGGUGGCCGGAGUAGAGCAUCAGUUCACUUGCGUGGUUCCCGGCAUCAAGCCAGGCGCAGACUUCAACUGGACCCUUGGCGGCAUGGAUCUCACAGAGGACAGCAGCAACGAUACUUCCGAUGGUGACGGGCUCAUUACAAGCAUCAGUGUUAUUACCCUUACCCCUUCUUGGGCCUACCAGGGGAAAAACCUGCGGUGCUUGGCCUCAAACUACGAAAGUUUCCCCGGUGUUAGCGUUAGCUCGACCAUAGAUGUAAAAGUCCCGCCAACGCAAUCGUCCCUGUCAAUCUACGAUCCCGAGGGAACCAGACUCGGCCAAACCGCAGCUGUUGACCAAGGCACAUCAUAUAACUUCACCUGCGAGGUGCAGGGAACCAGACCGGCCGCAACCAUCAUGUGGUUCAUUGGUGACGCUUUGCAAAGGACCUUCAUUCCUCCCUCCGGUAUAGGCGAUGAUUUAGUGGAUACUUCAGACAGUUGGACAUUCGCUCCUAACAGAUCAAUACACGGUCAGCAGUUGAGGUGCAUGGCAGGGACACCCGAGUCGCAGGAGCCACUGCCAUCUGUGACCACUGCACUCAAUGUCAACGUUCUACCAACGGUUAUAUCUCUGUACGACUGGGCUGGGAACACCUCCUUCGUCAACGGGACGUCGUAUCUGAUCGCUGGAGUGGAGCAUGAAUUCACAUGUGAGGUUCCGGGCAUCGACCCAGCAGCAUCUAUGACAUGGACCUUGGGGAGUCAGGGCAUCACAUCAAAUGUCACCAAAGACAUCGUGGGAUCUGACGGACUGACCAACAGCAGCAGCACCGUCACGGUGUCUCCUACUUGGAACAACCAGGGAGAGUUACUGCAAUGUCAUGCUUUCAACAAGCCUGGCUACCCUGGUUUGAACGUCAGCGUGACGCUUGAUGUCAAAGUGCCUCCAAAAGAAUCGUCUGUUUUUCUCCUGGACCUUGAUGGAUUCCUACUAGGAACCUCAGUGGAUGUCGAUGAAGGCAGCCCAGGCACUUUCACGUGCGUGGUACAGGACACUAGACCAGCAGCGACUAUUGAGUGGUUCCUGAACGGGGUCCUCGAGAGUACAGUCAGCCCUGCAGAAGGCCGAAGCAACGGCCUUGUCAACACUUCUGGGACCUGGACGUUGACUCCGGAAACAAAGCACCACCGGCAAGUAGUCAUGUGUGCGGCUAGUACAGCAGAGGCAUCUCGCCCAUUCCCGUUUGUGACUGUUUCCCUCAAUGUUCAAGUCCUCCCAAAAGAGAUUUUCUUGUUUGACUCAAGUGGAACCUACUCGUCUAAUGACACUGCGUACUUGAUCGAAGGAGUGGAUCAUCGGUUCACUUGCGUGGUGCCUGACAUCAACCCGAGAGCAUCGUUCACAUGGACUGUGGCCAAUCAAGAGUUUAGUAACAGCAGUGAAGUCACGAGCAACAGCGGUUUCCUCACCAGUGCCAGCCACGUCAGAAUGGCGCCCUCAUGGGCUGACCAUGGACAGGAAUUGCUUUGCCGUGCCACUAACAGGGAAGGUCAUGUGGGCAUCAGCACUGGCGUGGUGCUGGACAUAAAGGUACCACCUCGAUCUUCUUCUAUCUCGUUAUACGAUGCCAGUGGGACCAGUCUGGUGAAUACUUUUGUUGUUGACCAGGGAUCGCCUAGCAGUCUUCGAUGUGAAGUACAGGGUACCAGACCAGCUGUUGCCAUUGGGUGGUUCUUGAAUGGCAACCUGCAAAGAACAGCUGAUCCACAUUUCGGGAAGGACAUUGGAUUGGUCAAUACCUCAGACACGUGGUCAUUCACGCCCAGCAGAGCCAAUCACGGCCAGGAGGUGAGGUGCGUGGCUAGCACCGCCGAGUCACAGGAACCGUUGCCAUCCAAGGCACUUAACCUAGAGGUCAAUGGUCCACCCGAUCUUCCUUGGAUCAUUGGUAACACGACAAUGACAGAAGGCGUUACAACUACUCUGACGUGUUAUGCCGACAUGGGUUUUCCUGACGACUGGCUGUUGUACUGGUCAUUCGGCGACGUGUACGACAUAGCCAACCUCACAACUGUACCGUCAGCUUCGGAUGAUCGCUUUAUGUUCACUAGCGCCCUCAACGUCACACCAACGAGAGAUGACAACGGGAAGACAAUCACCUGCACUGCACGGAAGGAUUCUUGGACAGUUCAUCCUACCACAACGUAUGGUCCUAUCAAUGUACACUUUUGUCCGCGAUGGGUAAGCAUCACCAACUGUCCACUCAAAGCCAUACCAGACAGCAUGGUAUCAUUCAGGUGCGUGUCCGAGAGCAGCAACCCAAUAACAAACCUGACCUGGUUGAGAAAUGGCCGGCGCAAAACCAACCCUGCUCCGCCAGCACUCCCGAAAGGAGACUAUGGCGGUCACGUGACCACGGAGGACUUUACAACAGCUGUGCUGACCAAAGAGGACAAUGGGGCAUUGUUCACUUGCUGCACGGCUAAAACGACAGCCUGCCCCGCCGACGUGUGCGACAGCUGUUCACUCAAUGUUGAAUAUCGACCAUACUUUUCCGAGCCGAAGGCAACCACGCCCAGUCCUGUGAGAGAGGGCGGUGACGUCAUCCUGUCCUGCGGCGCAGACGCGAAUCCCAUGCCCCCUGACUUCAUCACGUGGGAGAAGGUCGGGUCUCCCGACUCCCUCCCCUCCGUCUACAGCGAUGGUACCAGCAACCUGACACUAAGCAGCAUCAGCAGGGAGCAGGCUGGGCCGUACAGAUGCCGCGGAGACAAUGGUGUACCACCCGUAGUGUUCUCGAAUCCAAUCGACAUUGCCGUUUACUAUGAGGUAAACAUCACAAAUAAGGCAGACACCUAUGUUGGGGCUGCGGACGGUGAGGGGGCCGUUCUUCUUUGCACAGCAAAGGGCAAUCCACUGCCUUUAACCGUCUGGUUAGACCCAACUAACGAAGAGAUCAACAAUGACACAGACGCAGGAAGAAUCAUUCAAGCCGUCACAAGCAAUGGAGGAGAUGACAUAUAUGGCUACUCUGUUACGAGCAUCCUGGAAAUCAAAAGAGUGACUGCGGAAGGAGACUAUGGUUACUACACAUGCUACAGCGGAAACGGUGUAGGACGCGUAGACAUGUUGCAUAUCCAUUUGAACAUUAAAGUGGUGCCAUCGUCGCCCUACGAUGUGUCGAUAGACGAGGAACGAAUCACCGCCGAUUCGGUCACUAUUACGUGGCGCCCUGGGGCCGAGGUUGGGACGCCUCAAUGGUUCUACGUCAACUACCGGGAGCUUGGAAAAGCAACGGACUUCGACCCCAGCACAAGAAGCCAGAGACUACAGGGAUCCAACGAGUACACGGUGGAGGGCUUGCGUCCUUACGCAAUGUACGAGGUUGAGGUAUACGCUGAGAAUGCCCAUGGAAGAAGCGAGGCCGUUAAGACAGUUGUCAAGACAUUGCAUUGUCCUGUAUUUACCGACCCAACGUCACUUACGACGAAUCCCGUGGAUGAAGGAGAUGACAUCACACUGUCCUGCAGCGCCGACGCCAAUCCCAUGCCCACUGACUUCAUCACGUGGGAGAAGGUCGGGUCCCCUGACUCCCUCCCCUCCGUCUACAGCGAUGGAACCAGCAACCUGACACUAAGCAGCGUCAACAGGAAGCAGGCUGGUUCGUACAGGUGCCGGGGAAAUAAUGGUGUACCACCUGUUAUCUUUUCAAGAUCCAUUGAUGUCAUCGUUCUCUAUGAAGCCGCCAUAACAAGCCAAGCUGAUAACUGCGUCGAAGCCGAUGACGGUGAGGCCGCUAUUCUGACCUGUACGGUCAAAGGUAACCCCCAUCCUUUAAUCAGAUGGUUGAGUCCAACCCGCACUAGGAUGACUAAUCAUACUGAGCCAGGUAGGAUAACCCAGGUCGAUACCAUUAGCGGCGGGGAUGUUGUCUAUGGAUACACGGUGACAAGCACUUUGCACAUCAAAAACGUGACCGGUAUUGGAGACUACGGCUUUUACGUCUGUACCUGUGGAAAUGGCGUUGGGAGGGUGGACGCGUUGUCCAUUCAGCUGACUUCGAGAGUUUUACCAGCUGCACCGAUGAACGUCUCCAUCGAAGAAGCUAUGAACACGGCCACGACCAUCACAGUGUCAUGGACACCUCGGAACGAGGCUGCACCAAACAUCUGGUUCCAUGUCAAUUACAGAGAGCUUGCAACGACUGACGACUUCGAUCCCAACACGCGCAGCGACAGACUCCAUGGCGUCACUUCAUUCACUCUGAUGGGACUGCGUCCUUACUCCGUGUACGAGGUUGAGGUUUAUGCAGCAAAUGGCAAUGGCGUGAGUGAAGCUGUGACGAUCAUCGGCACGACUGCGCUAUGUACAAGGAUGGUGAGCAUCACCGGUUGCCCGUACAGAAUCGUAUCAGGCGGUAGUGUGUCCUUGAGCUGUGUAUCCGAGAGCACGAACCCGGCCACCAAUCUGACUUGGCUGAGAGACAAUGUUGAGCAAACUGGUCAUCCAGGGCUAAUGAUUACUGAUGGCGACUACGGUGGCCGAAUGACGACACUGGGCUUCACGACAGGCGCACUCACCAGAACAGACAACGGGGGUGAAUACAAGUGCUGCGCCGCCAGACCAUCGGUCUGCACCGCAGACGUGUGUGACACGUGUUCACUGAAUGUUGAGUAUCGUCCCUUCUUUUCGGAGCCGAUGGUUCUCACACCCGGUCCAGUCGAGGAGGGAGAUGACGUCAUCCUGUCCUGCAGCGCAGACGCCAAUCCCAUGCCCGCUGAUUUCAUCACGUGGGAGAAGGUCGGAUCUCCUGACUCCCUUACCUCUGUUUACAGCGAUGGUACAAGCACUCUGACACUAAGGAGCAUCACAAAGGAGCAGACUGGGUCAUACAGGUGUCGUGGAAACAACGGUAUACCACCCGUUGUAUUUUCAACGCCAGUCGACAUCAUCGUGCAUUUUGGAGUUACCAUAACAAACCCAGAAAACAACUACGCCGAAGCCAACGUUGGGGAGAGAGCCACUCUAGUAUGCACGGCCGAAGGCAACCCCUACCCAAUGACGACAUGGUUGGGUCCGACUGGCACCAGAAUAACCAACCAGAGCCAUCCUGGAAGGAUCACACUGGUGGAGACCAUUCACGGCAGAGGUGGCGUAGAGGGGUACACAGUGACGAACACCUUGCAAAUCAAUACAGUGUCUGGAGCAGAAGACUACGGCUAUUACGUGUGUGACUGUGGUAACGGCAUCGGAAUGGUGGACACCCUGACAAUUUUGCUGAAUAGCAGAGUUGAACCUGUCCCCCCUACAAAUAUCUCAAUCGACCAGGGUCGAAUCACUGCUUACUCGCUAACAGUAAACUGGAUCCCUGGGACGAAGGUUGUAGGUCCAGAACAAUGGAUUCUCGUGAAUUACCGAGAGCUGGAAACCACCACGAACUUCAGCCCCAGCACGCGCAGCGGCAGACUCUACGAUGUCAGCGAGUUUACAGUGGUCGGUCUGCGGGCCGACACGGAGUACGAGGUCGAGGUUUACGCUGAGAACGUCAACGGUGCGAGUGAUGUCGUGACAAUAAUCGGAAAGACUCUGCCUGAAGUCGGUAAUGCAACCCCAGAACCCUUGAUUGGAAUCACACGUGGCACUGGUGACGCCACAAAGGAAACAAGUACGGCACUGGCUGAAGUUGACAACACAACGCCGGAGCUGAACGCUGAAACCUCAGCCGCUUAUGACGUCAUGAGAACGAGCAAGUCUCAAGCUGUGCUCGGUAACGCAACUCCACAACCCUUGAUUGAAAUCACAAGUGCCACUAGCGACGUCAUCAAGGAAACUAGUACGACACUACCUGAAGUUGACAAUACAACGCCGGAGCCGAACGAUGAAACCCCAGCCGACAAUGACGUCAUGAGCAAGUCUCAAGGCCAGCACGAAGCUGAGAGGCGGGCUUAUGUGGUUGUUGAAAAAGGAUAUUCUCUGCUAGUUGCAGGCAUAAUUGUCGUGUCGAUUGUUGCAUUUAUCUGCAUUGUGGUUAUCGUAGCUGGAUUUGUGUAUCACCGACGAUCUACCGCCAACAGCCUAGAAAUUGCCGGCCACAAGACGAAGCUCACACGCGCUUCCAUCAAGUACGAUGAAGAAAGUGACGUCGUGAUGGAAAAGGCAGAAAACCUAGCUCCUAUCUCCUGUUACUACUCCUCCUAUCUCCUGCUGCUACUCCUCCUAUUUCCUGCUGCUACUCCUCCAAUCCUCUGCUGCUACUCCUCCUAUCUCCUGCUGCUGCUACUCCUAUCUCCUGCUGAAACACCUCCUUUCUCCUGCUGCAACUCCUCAUAUCUCCUGCUGCUACUCCUCCUAUCUCUUGCUGCAGCUCCUAUAUCCUGCUACUACUCCUCCUAUCUCCUGCUGCUACUCCUAUUUCCUGCUGCUACUCCUCCAAUCCUCUGCUGCUACUCCUCCUAUCUCCUGCUGCUGCUACUCCUAUCUCCUGCUGAAACACCUCCUUUCUCCUGCUGCAACUCCUCAUAUCUUCUGCUGCUACUCCUCCUGUCUCCUGCUGUUAAUACUCUUCCUAUCUCCUACUGCUACUCCUAUCUCCUGCUGCUACUCAUCCUGUCUCCUGCUGCUACUCCUAUCUCCUGCUGCUACUCCUGUCUCCUGCUGCUACUCCUCUUGUCUCCUGCUGCUACUCCUCCUAUUUCCUGCUGCUACUCCUCUUAUCUCCUACUGCUACUCCUCCUAUCUCCUGCUGCUACUUCUAUCUCCUGCUUCUACUCCUCCUCCUACUUUUUCUAA